AUGCGUGGCUAUGGACGUCGAUGUCGACGAUUCAGACGAUACGACCGCGACGAAGCCGACGAGGACGCCGGCGGCACCGGAAACGGGAGGAGCGCCGUCGCGGACGCCGACACCGGGUUGCCACUCGAUGUCGAGGGUUUUGCCGUGAACGUGCUGCUCCCUCGCAGUGGAUCUAUCGUGAAGUUGCCUGGAAUUCAUGAAUCCUCUUUCUCAAAUUUUAGAAGGUGAUUUGCUUGGAAUAUUGAUUGAAACAAAAACUGAGAUUGAAUAAAAAGCUUUUUUUGGAGCCCAGUUUUUCUAUAAAAUAUUCAUUUGUCGGAGCGAUUAACAAUUAGAAGAUUCAAUAGGUCUCGCUUCGGAAUCAAAAAAAAAAUGAAACAUUUUGGUAAAAUUUGAUAUAGUAAUAAGGUAAAAUAGUUUCGAAAAAUAUUAUACAUUUUUUCAGCGGAAUAUCAGACUCCUCUAUAAACCCUAACAUUUGGUCAUCAGAAAGUUGGUAAAACACAAAUUUUGAGCUGAUUCAUACUGUAGGCUUGUUUGAACCUUUGCAAAUUCGAAAUUAAAUCUAAUGCAGCCGCUCGAAAUUCGGAAAGUCGCCGAUAUACGCCACAUGUCUUCGUUGACCUCUACUUAGGCACCACAAGCCAAUUCUCGAAAAAAGUGAUGCAUAGUCGAAAUUAACACAAUCUGAUAGAACAUACUAUCCAAAAAUCAAAUCAGUUUAGCUUUUCAAAAAAUUUUGAUUUUGAGCCUAGUUAUGAAGCUUUUAGUGACGCUCGAAAAAACCGAAAAAUCUGGCUUUUUCCGAAUUUUCGGCUGCCGCCGCACUGUUUUGGCUCGUUUUCCAUUCAUAUUUAACCGUUUUUAAAUCGGUUUUUUGUUGAAAACUGAUGAGAAUGCCUCUCUAACUGUUAUUCACCCAGUUUAAAGUUUUUACAAAAAUAAUUAAUUCGAAAAAUAAGAAAAAAGGAUCCUUGGCCCCAACGGAAAAAACUAUUAUAUGAUAUUUUUUGUUCAAAUCAUCAAGAGAAGGCAGUCUAACAGUUACAUAAACAAGAGAAUGAAAAAUAAUAUCAAUUAUCAUAGAGAAACACAAAGUUCUGAAUGUUUAAUUUAGGAUUUCCCAUUUUUUGCCCGUAAAACACCUAUUUUUCUUCAGAACGGCGCAAAGUCACACCCACGACACGCCUCGACGCGCAAAAAAAUAAAAUAAAAAAAGUGACCGUUUUUCGGUUCAUUAAAAAAAUGCUCAUUCUUUUUUUCGGCAUUGCCAGAUUUUUUUUAUUUUUUUUUUUUCGAGAAAUGUAAAAUUGUAAAGGCAUAUACAAAAAGAAAACGUGAAACGAUAUUGCUCUUGUGAAACGCUCCAAAAAAACGUAAUUCAUUUUUUUGCGGGCGUUUUUUUGUGAACAAAAAAAUUUAAACUUAUUUUUGCUCGGUUUUUUUGAUUUUGUUUUUUUCUGUUUUCACGUUAUUUAGAUUUUUUUCAAUUUUUAAACAAAAGAAAAAUCACUAGGUUGUCGCUGAAAUUUUUUUCGCAUUUUUUUGCUCCAAACUUUUGUGUUUUUUUGAGUGUAACUUUACAAGCUUCGUAAUUUUUUUCGGCACCGCCAAAAAUUCUUUUUGUUUUAAUAUUUUUUUCGAAGGAUGGCAUAAUGAAUAACAUAUCCAAAAUUUAGAUGUGAAACGCAUGUAGUUUUGUGAAACGAGUUUGUUUUGGGAACUCUAUCGACUUGAAGUGGCAGUUUUCUUCUUUUUUGGGUUAAAUUUCAAAAAUUGCUGGACUUGAAAGUUAUUUAGUUUUGUAGAGCGAUGUUAAUUACAUAAGCAAGUAAAAAAUGAAUUUUUCAAUUAGCGCUUUGCUCACUAAAAGAGCUUCAAACCAGUUUUUCAACCGAAAAGUCGUCAAUUUUGGUGCGCUCCCUACCUCUACUUCGAAACUUGAUAUUUUGAAUAUCAGAUAUUAACCUUCGAAACGGACACUUCUUGGGAGAUUUUUCAAAAGAAUAUUUGAAAAAUCCUCAAAUUCUCACAGAAACACCUUCUCUGAAAAUCCCAAACUUCACUUUCAAGGGAAUCAAAGUAUUGACCAACAAAAAAAGUGUUAACUUUCCCUUUCCGACCCAGUAGUUCCCCUUGACACCUCCACUCAACUCCCAUACCACUCUAGUGACACCUUCGCACCUUUCAAAGUAAUUAUCCCAAAUCCAAAAUUUGGGAAACCCUCCAGAAAGGUGCGAACCGACCAAAAAUUCUGUCACUUCCUGGGUCCCACCGGCAUGAGAAUCCAGUUUGCGGGCGGAGUCUACCAAUCAGUAUAAAUAGGAGCUCUCAGGUAACCAAACUACCUUUCCUAAUCGAAUCCCAACAACUGAUCAAUCGUCUUGUUCCACGCUUCUUUCUACUAUUAAUAUUAUCUGACAACCAGGUUGGUUUUUUUCCUUUUUCUCUUUGUUAAUUCUCAGCUCUUUCUCUUUUUUUUUUGCUUCGAAUUAACUUUCUAUUUGUUUCUCUUGGACGUGGUUAAGGUAUAUUGGAACCAAAUAUUCCGUUUUUUGAGAAAAAUUCCUGGAAUUCUGAGUUUCUUUUGCUCAUUCCCAUUCCUGAACCAUUUUGAAAUAAAAAAAAAUUUUCCAUUUAGUUUCUCGUUACACUCACCCAGAGCCAAACCAAAAAAAGUUCACGAAUUUUUCGAAAAAUAUUAUUUUUCCUGAUGUGUAACCCUUUUGCAAUCCAGUCUUUAUAUACAAUACUACUCUCUAUUCGUUUCCUAAAGUCCCAAAAUCAAAAACUAGCCCAAAUUAAUCAUUUUCUCCAUUGAUUUUGUCUUAUUCUUACACAACUCUCUCUUAAAUUAAUCAUUUUCCAGUCCCUCUACGAAAAUGAACGCCGUCAACAUCAAGUCGAUCGUGGCCAAGAUCGUCGAGAAGGCCAACAUUCAGAAGGCCGAGAAGAUGGUUUUGGAAGAAUGGGAGGCACGUCUUCAGCUCUUGAAGACGUGCAGCCACGAAGUCCAGUCCGAACUCGAAAAACUGGCCUUUUAUGUGAGUUUUGAAGUAUUUUUGUGAAUAACUUUUACUAGUGGAAAGUAUAGUGGUUUCAUGUAAGUUGAUAUAUAUAUAUUUUGAGGUAUUCAAAGCGGAAAAAAAGCGUUCUAACAAAUUAUUUAUUUUUCUUACAAGAAAAUUUUUUUAUUUGGAACUUUCUUUUUUUCCAAGCUGGAAACAGGUUUUGAAAUAGUUGGAAGACUUUUGGAGUUUAAAAAAAGCCAUAAAAAUCAAACUGCAGAAAAUGUAUGAAAAAGGAUACUACAGUCAUAGAACACACUGAGGAAAGUCCCAAAAAGCCUUUUUAUAUGAAAAAUAUAUCUUUAAAACUAUGGUAAAAAUACUGUAUUAAUAUUUUUCAGUUCGAUCUCACGUUGAAAAUGAGGGGCAUCUACAACUUCACGUCUACGGACGCCAGUUGGAUGAUUGUGAGUUUCCUUCCAUUCUAUUAUUAUUUCUAGUUAAGUCAGAAGCUUUUUUAGAUUCUUUAAAAAAUUACCAUUUAAUUUUGAAAGCUCCGAAGUUCUCUUAAAGUCUUCUGCAGUUCUAAAAAGGAAGGUCUCUUCACUUUUAUGGUUGGGACUAUCCUGAAAACUGACCGGAACACUUCUUGAUGGACCCUGGAAGCCUCGACCUGCACGACUUUUCAGAAAGAGUACCUGAAAAUCGAAGGGACCCUUAAAGAACAUUGAAGUGAGCCAUUUGAGCUCUUAUUUUUUGAAAAAUAGAAAAUUUGGCCUGUUGAGUCUUUCAGAAUCUUUCUCUGGUGCUUCAAGAAUAUUGUUGGCCGUUUUUUCAUAAAGUGGAAAGACCUUCCUUAUAGGAGUCUCCAAGGCAAGCCUUGUAGCUUCAGAAAAAAAUUAACUAGAGCAAUUUUUAGUUUCUGAAGUUGGAACUAGGUCCUUUCGAUUUCCAGAAAAUGGCCCAAAAAAUGCUCACGAUGCUGGAAGACGAACUGGUCGUCGUCGAGAAGGAGAUCAUCGACUUGGACUGCCUCUACCGGAAGUCGGGUAAGCCAAUCGCCUUGGAGGUCCGGAAAACGACGUACAUAAUCCGGCGUGAGAUCCUGCGAUUCAGUGAAGCUCUACUUCACUUCCAACACAACUGUGUUAGUUUUUGAAUUGAUUUUUAAAUGAAUAUCGUUAGUUUUUUCAAUUUUCUAAGCGUAAGAAGCAUUUUCCUCCAUCUAAAACUCUUCAUUCUCAUGAAAUCUCAUCAAGAAAUAGAUAUCAGAAUCAAAAAGGGUUUUGACGAAUAUUCAAUACACUAUUGGCUAAAGACAUUCUCAUUGUUCAAUCAAACUUUUUUCCAGAAAUACGAGAUGAUCUACGCCCUGAUAGUGAAGGAACUGAAAAGCAACUUGGGACGCCUACAGUACGCCAUUUCCAAAGUCCCAAGCUUCCAAGAAAUUUGUCAGAAGCUCUAUUUUGAAGGUCAUUAA